GCCCUUAUGGUGCGUUCACAUCGCUGGAAAUUAUGGGGAAAACAUUUUCUCUUCAUCGGAAAGUUCGCUUGAACGACACAUUAGGCUUGUUUUUGAUGGCGCAUGCGGCUUCGUUUGCCAUGCGUCAGAAUGCAAUCAGGGAUUUAAAACGUCAGAAAUCAGUCUACAUCUUAUAUCAUACACGCAGCAUUGGAUGCUGGGACGCGAGAAAUGCGGCCGCCAUCUUGAAGUGGGGAACCUGGAGCAGCCACAGCGUCUACAGCAGAAACAGGAUGCCGGGCUUGUGUUCAGCGUAUUCCUGCUCUAAUGAGCGGACCGUCAACAAUAGGAAUCGGGGGAUUACUUUUCACAAGUUUCCCAAAGACAAAGAUGUGAGGAAGAAGUGGGAAGUGGCUUUGAGGAGAGGAGGAUUCACUGCAAGUGAUUAUUCAGUUGUGUGCAGUCAACAUUUUAAGCAGGCUGAUUUUGACAGGACGGGUCAGAUUGUCAGACUACGUGAUGGUGUUAUUCCAUCCCUCUUCAGAUUCCCGGUUCACCUCCAAAAAGGCAGGGCUGCUUCUACCUCCAGAAGAGCUGACGAAAGCCUGUCCGUGGCCUCUAACGAUUCCCCAGAAAUGACAACCUCCCACCCACAACCUCAGCCUAAUGAUGAUCAUGGCUAUGCCUUGCCUGCUUCUCCUACCGCUGUUAAGGCCAAAGUCAAUGAACACCUGGCAAGAGUGGAAAGUCUGGCGCAAGAAAAGAAGAAUGCCAUGUCCAGAGAAAAGAGGGCAAAAACCACAGUGAAGGGUCUUUUGGGGGAUUUAAGGGAAAAUAACCUAAUUAAUGAAGAGCUCAGUGAGAAGCUUGCAUUUUACUCAGACCUUAAGACGGACUUCGUGGCAAAGCAGGGCCAUGAGUACUCACAGGACUGCAGCUGUGUGCCGUUGGAGCUUGGUCAGAGAGGCCGUGCCAUCUUCAUUUGACAAGAACUUCCACCUUCUGACCCUGAAAAACAAUGGUGGCCUAGUGAUUCCAUCACUAGGCUCAGUGAAGGUGCUGAGAGCUGCAGAGAGUGUGAUCCGCCAAGCUUCAACAGUGCAAGCUCAAGCUCCUAAGGUGUCGACAGUCCUACACAUCGUCCGAGGGGAGAUUGGAACUGAGGAUGUAUUUCUGCUUGGGGGACACAUUGAGGAGACACAGUUUGGCAUCGACAACCACCAUUCGGACUUGUUAUCAUUGGUUGUGUCAGUGUUUCAUAAGAUAAGGCUGCACCACAUUGCCAAACACGCCUCUUGAACUUCAGAAAGGAAGCACGAUAAAGAAGCUGUGCAAAACAAUCCUCUUUCAGGGGUUUUAACCCUUACCCUGGCUGCUUUUUAUUGUAUUUUGAAUUUCAGUUAGCAGUAUGUUCUUAUUUUUAAGUUGCUCCUAACUGCUUCAGUUUUGUUUCUGUUGGAAUUAUCUUGUAUUCAGUGUGUUUCAGGUCCUACAUGUUUCUAAAUGGUAUGACACCAAGUACAUGUAGGCGUCAAAAUGGUAGGUAUUUUAGUGUUGUGCAAGUUAUUGUUCCAUUGUCUACAAGAAUGGGUUAUUAAUGUUUCCCCUCUUUGCAUUUGUGAAAAAAAAAACAAGUUUCUGCCAAGUUCAAGGCACAUUUGCACAAUGAUCUGGUCUCAGCAGAUACCUUGUCUUAGUCCGAUGACUCUGUUUUUUUUCUCUGAUUUUACCACUGCUCCAAAAAAAUCUAGCGGAAACCCUGUAUUACACAUUACCGAUUCAAGUCUUCAGUGCAUAAUGUUCUUGACAAGCAACAGGAAGUUGCUCAAAAUACAUUUUAAUUAAUGUUAAGUACAUACAAUUGAAGUGUUUCUCAGUCAAGGCAAAUUAGAAGAACAACAGACCUGGAGAAAGACAGCUUUAAUAAAAAAAUGUAUGUAUGUAACAGGUUUGCAGAAUAAGCAAUUUAUAAUAAUGAGCGAACACUAAAUGACCAAUACUAUACUUCAUAGUCUGUACAUUUAAUUUAGAUGCAUUUAUGUAACCAGAAAAAAAGACAACAGGCAAUGCUGAUCAUUUGUGUGGAAAAAAAACGAUCUCAUUCUA